AUGAAUCUCCUUGAUAUGUUAUCAAAGGAUCCUCCGUCCUCAUUGUACAACCCAGAACCAGAGGUAAAUAUUCAAAAUAAUGCAAUCAGCUUUAACAGCAACGGAAUUUCUAAUGGCAUUUCUAUUAGCGAGAGCCAAGACACAAGCACAAUCAAUAAUGAUAGCAACAGCAAUAACAAUAACAAUAACAACAGUAGUAGUAGUACUCCUAAUAUAAUAUAUCUUCCGACAUUGUUAACUGAAUUACAGAAAUCUUUAGUCGAAAUGACGUUGCAUUUGUUCAGUUCUGAAUUGUUAAAUACCGUGCGCUCGAAAAGAUUGAGAACGAGCAUUGAUAACUUAUUGGACUCAUCGAAUACUAUAGAGGAAAGUGAUAAAAAUACUAAUGAAAACAAGAUAUCAUUAUGUUUUGAACAACUUUCAAUGAUAUGUAAUCACCCUUCAUUAUUGAUUGAUCAUUUCAUCCCCAAGAAAAUGCUAUUACUGGAAACAAUUGAACGACAACUUAAUUUGAGUGGUAAAUUGGAAAUCCUCAAUCGUAUUAUUGAUACUUUGAUAGAAGAAAAGCCUUCCAAAGGAUAUAGAAUAAUUGUUGUUGCCAAUAAUGUCAAAGAACUAGAACUAGUAGAGGGUAUUGUUCUUGGCAAAACAUUGUACUAUAUAAACUCCGCUAAUGCAAAGUUAUUUGAGGAUAGACGCUUUAUACCAGAUUUGAAGGAUAAGUCUAGUAACAAAAUAUUUAUAAACUUGCUUACUACACAGCAAUUGUAUAACAAUUAUGUAUCUGAUAAAGAUGGCGAGUCCUAUGAUUUGAUAUUUUCGUUUGAUCCUAAUUUGGAUGCUCAAACCCCUAGUAUUGAGAUUUUCCAACUUGAAAAUAAUAAUCAGUGUCCAAUACUAGUGCCAAUACCGGUGUUUACACUUGAACACAUUGGUUUACAAUUACCCCAACCGCGGCAGAUAGAUUUCACGGAUUCCAUCGAUACAGCAUUAAACAAAUGGAGAGUCAAAUGCAUAAAUACUUUGGUGGUGAAUUUUUUCAAUUUGGAUGAAAUGAGCAAAGAGUUUUUCACUGAGAAUUACGGUCUUAAUAUGAAAGAAUUUUGGAAUUUGAUGCAUAAUGAUCGCCAAAGUUUGAGCAAAUUGAUACAAACUUAUAAUGACCAAUUGGUAUUGCUGUUUUCUGAUGAUAAACUAAUCAAAAAAUUAAAUUCCUUUUAUAAUCGAUAUGGAAGUGGAGGGUUUGAUCAAAUAAGCGAUGCAAACUGUCACCUAUUCAAAUCUAAGUUGGCUGAGGCGGUAUAUCAGAAAUUUAUGGAUAUAGAUAAGGAAAUUGAAGAAAUCGAGCUUAAUCUAAAUGGGAAACGGGAAUUUGAGACAGCAAGACAAUUGCAUUAUGACGAUGAUGAAGAUUUUGUUGCAAGCACUUACAAAAGAUUUAAGAGGUUGAAUGACGACGCCAGUGUGUCUGACCGCAAACUAGCUCGUGUAGAUACUGAUCUAACAAAGCAAAAACAUAAAUUGAUUGCUUUAAACAAUAAGUUGGAAUAUUUAAUGGAUAUUUCAGAUGACGAACUAACUGAUGACGAACUAAAUGAUGAUGAAGAAACAAGUCAAACACGAACGUUGGAGAGUUUACAACAAAAAGUGGAAAAACUAAAGCAAGAGUUUAAUAGAAUAAAUGAAGAAUGCGAUGCAACUAGAGAAAAGUAUCAAUCUUCUUCUAGUGUUGCUCUCCAGCUAUCACAAAAGUUGAUCCGUUUAAAGCAACAAAAUGAGAAAAUAGACAGGAAAAUAUCGGGACCAGGAAUGGCGCAGUUACCAGAGUUGAUUGAAAAAGAUGCAUUAUUGAGCUAUGAGUUGAAAUUAAAACAUCUUGAGAAGAAAAAUGAAUUUAUGCAACAAUUUUUCCUGUCUAAGAUUGAAUCGUUAUAUCAAGAACGACAGCAGUUAUUAGAGAAUUCUGGUUCAGGUGCCAAUAAUAGACAAAAUAAUCGUGCCAGUCGAGCUGCAACUCCACUUUAA